AAACACAUAGGCUAACAUACCUCGACCUCUUCACAGUGUCUAAAAGGAAGAAACAUGUGUUGAAGAAAACCCCUGGUAAAGGAUGUUUUGCUGCACUACAACAAUCAUUAUUGUCUUUGUCUCACUGAUGUGUAGUUUGUCUAGUGACGUAUUUUGUUCCAGCAGACUCACAAAUGACAAAUCUUAUUCACUUGAUUUGCUGCUCUUAUCACGGAAUCUAGAACAUCGUGUCAAAAGAACUGUCGUGUUACCAAUAAAGACCAUCAGAUUUUCACAAGAUUCCAUGAACAGCAAGUUUUCUCCGCAGUCCCCCUUUAAAGGUCAAUCUGUGGGGCACAUCCUGGACAAGAUCCUUCAGGGCCGUGGUCACUAUCUUCUACUGCUCCUCCAGAAAUACAGAGUGACCCACAGGAAUGGAGUCUGGUACACCAUUAACAAUAGAUCCCUGUGGGUGUUCAAACAGCUCGCUACACGUGGUUAUCUCAAGUACGUCCCCGCCCUUCAAGUGGCGGAUAUUCGAAAAAAUAGAAUGACGACGAAAAAUGCCGGGAAACGCAUCUAUGUUUUUGGAAAAGUCGGAGGAAAAUUUGCGAAGCCUGGUAAAUUUUGGAAAAAAGCACACAGAUCCAUGUUGAAACCAAGUUAUUUUCGAAAAUGUCACCUUAUAUCUCUUGUAUGUAAAUUUAGAUACACCCAUGUUUCUUUGUAAACAGUCUUGCUGCAAGAACAGUUUGAUAAUUGAUAUAUUUAUCUUAAUCACUGCCAGAUCAUCAUUGCAAUUCUUUUGUUGUGAAUAAAUAUUAACAGAA